AUGGCCACGUUGCGCGCCAUGAAGCCAGGACUUGUUGUUUGUUGAGUUGGCUGAAGUCGCUGCAACCUCUUCUUCUCAGUUCUCAGUCUUGUGUUCUUCUGAAACUAUCACCUCACCUGUUUCGCCUUCUCAUCGCUCGCCAUGGAGAAGCAUCCACAAGGAAAGGAAAAGGAAAAGGAAGGGAGUCAGGGUCAGACGAAGAAGGAAGGCAAGUGUGAAUUUAUUUCAGGCAAGCAGGACGGCGUUUCAGCUUCUGUUCAUGAUGAUAUCAUUCUUCACAUUCUUAAACUAUACGGGUCCUGUGCAACGCCUUCCGACUUUGAAAUCUACUCUCCAAAUGCUUCCUUUGAGGACCCACUGAUGUGCGCUCGUGGGUUGAAACAGAUCAAAUCGGCAUUUUAUUCACUUCCCAAGGUCUUUAGUGAAUCAAGAAUUGUGGAAUACAGCGUCAAAGAAAAUAUGGUUUCACCUGGAAAUCACGAGGUAUGGAUUGAUAACAAGCAACACUACAAGUUCAUGGGGAAAGACAUAGAUAUGAUAUCCCUCAUCAAAUUGUCUGUUUUGGAAGGAAAAGUCGUUCGCCAUGAAGAUUGGUGGGACAAGAAGCCUCUUUCAAACAGAGAAACGGUGAAGGUGCCGCUGCUUGGCCGGAUUUUGGAAAUGGCUCGUAGGGGCUCAAUGCUGGCAACUCAUGUUAUGAUGGGGUUUGGGAAGGAUCCACCUAAUUCCACGCCUACAAAAUGACUUUGGAUAUCAAAUUAAGACUCAUGUUUGUAUAAUAUUUUCCUUUGGGUUUGUGAAUGUUUUUCUGCAAUUUAUCUCCUGUUAAGAAGGCAUGUCAACAUAAACGUUAGAGCUCAAAACCAGCACCAUUGUGUGCUUUUGUAAAUAUAUUACACUGUAUGGACGGACAACUGCGUACGUACGUACCUUCUACGGCA